AUGGCCCAAAAUCGGUCCAUGGAGUCCCGUGUCGGGCGGAAGAACCAACGCUACGGCUCCAAAGGCGAACGUCUCGUGGCCGGCGUGGUGCCCCUCUCCGCCGACAAGACCAAAGUCCUCAUGAUUCAAUCGGCCGGUCCCGGCGGUUGGGUGCUCCCCAAGGGAGGGUGGGAGCUCGAUGAGUCCACCGCGGCGCAAGCGGCUUGUCGUGAAGCCUGGGAAGAAGCAGGAGUCAUUUGCACGGUGCUCCGGGAUCUUGGCUUAAUACCCGACAUGCGCCCCUCCGGCCUGUUGACCACACAAGCGCCCAAGGCCUCGUAUCAGUUCUUCGAGGUCAGCGUCGAUAAAGAGGAGUCUGAGUGGCCAGAGAUGCACAAAAGGAAACGACAGUGGGUGAGCUACGCCCAGGCCGCCACUGCCUUGGCCAACCGACCCGAGUUGCUGGAGGCCUUGAAACGCAGCUCUCUGAAGCGAUAG